CUAUGCCCUUUGCUUUCUGUACGAGAGAGAAGCUUCCAUGGACGGAAUUUGCCGAGUCAGCGGAGGACGGGCCCACCACCAAGUUCUGUCAAGAGCUGGCGAGGAAGCAUGACAUGGUGGUGGUGUCCCCCAUCCUGGAGCGAGACAUGGAGCAUGGGGACAUCUUGUGGAACACAGCCGUGGUGAUCUCCAACUCUGGAGCCGUCCUGGGCAAGACGAGGAAAAACCACAUCCCCAGAGUGGGCGACUUCAAUGAGUCCACAUACUACAUGGAGGGAAAUCUGGGCCACCCUGUGUUCCAGACUCAGUUCGGGAGGAUCGCCGUGAACAUUUGCUACGGGCGGCAUCACCCCCUCAACUGGCUCAUGUAUAGCAUCAACGGUGCUGAGGUCAUCUUCAACCCCUCGGCCACUAUCGGAGCGCUCAGUGAGUCCCUGUGGCCAAUCGAGGCCAGAAACGCAGCCAUCGCCAAUCACUGCUUCACCUGCGCCAUCAACCGGGUAGGCGAGGAGUUCUUUCCGAAUGAGUUCACCUCUGGGGAUGGCAAGAAAGCUCACCGGGACUUCGGCUACUUUUAUGGCUCAAGCUACGUGGCGGCCCCUGAUGGCAGCCGCACCCCCGGGCUCUCCCGCAACCGGGAUGGGCUGCUGGUCACUGAGCUCGACCUCAACCUCUGCCGGCAGGUGAAUGACAUCUGGGGCUUCAAGAUGACAGGCAGAUACGAGAUGUACGCACGGGAGCUUGCUGAAGCUGUCCAACCCAACUACAGCCCCAAGAUUGUGAAAGAGUAG